AUGGCGAGCCUUGCUAUUACGAUGCUUGGCGCAGGCCAAGAUGUUGGACGUUCGUGUGUCGUGGUUACCUUUCCCACUAGGCGCAUUGUCUUUGACUGCGGAGCACACUGCGGCUUCGUUGACCACCGGCGGUACCCAGACCUACAACUUUUAGGGGAUCCGAGACAAUAUGAUGCCCUAUAUAAUGAACAGAUGAAAGAGAUGGGUGACAUAGAAAUGGAUGAUGCCACUGGCCGGGCAGAUUACGUUUCUUCAGAUUCUGGAAAUCCCACUGCCCCGGCUGAAGCACAGAACACUUCUAAUGGUAACACCGCAAGUAACAGCGCCAAAGAAAGGAAUAUACGCAUUGCAACCUGUAUGAAGAACGCUCUCAGGAAGACGCUUAAUAAUGUUACCGACUACAUCGACUGUGCCAUCAUAUCGCAUUUUCAUCUGGAUCACGUAGGAGCACUGCCCUUCCUUACGGAACACUUAGGAUAUAAGGGGCCAGUUUUUAUGACGUACCCAACUAGGGGUCUCGCACCGAUACUGCUUCGAGACAGUGUCCAGGUUGUUGCUAGUAAAUUCCGUAGUGCUACGGAACCUCCGGGUGGAACACGUGGAGUGAAUAUGCUUCUCAAUCGUACAAAAAAGCGCAAACCUCCUACAACUGAGGAGCUUGGUAAGGUGGACCCUUGGGGCUACACCCUGGAGUGCGUAGCAGACAGUCUAGGACGUGCGCGUGUAAUGCAGCUCAGAGGAACACAGAAGCUCGGUAACAUCACCAUCACCCCGUACUAUGCCGGUCACGUGCUAGGGGCAGCAAUGUUCCACGUAGAAUGUGACGGUAUAUCUGUGCUCUAUACAGGCGACUUCAACAUGUCGCCAGACAAGCAUCUUGGACCUGCGCAUAUCCCAUCACUUAAGCCGGAUGUACUCAUAUGUGAAUCUACUUAUGCAUCGGUUGUUAGGCAGCCGCGUCGUUCUACGGAGAUGGAACUUUGUACGGUUGUACAUGAUUGUCUACUUGCAGGUGGCAAGGUGUUGAUACCUGUGUUUGCAGUUGGUCGGGCGCAGGAGCUUGCGAUAAUAUUGGACAAUUAUUGGAGUAGAUUGCAACUACAGUAUCCCAUCUACUUCGGAGGAGGUUUGUCUGAACGAGCGACUAAUUAUUACAAGUUACACUCAACAUGGACGGAUUGUCGUAACUUACCCAACCUUGACGAUAGUCCCUUCUUACUUAACAACGUGCUACCAUUUGACAAUAACCUGCUCAACGAUGAGCGGCCGAUGGUACUAUUUGCGACACCUGGAAUGGUACACUCGGGACUAUCACUGAAGGCUUGCAAGUUAUGGGCACCCAACCCUAAGAACUUGAUUGUUAUCCCCGGUUAUGCGGUACAGGGUACCGUAGGUAACAAAUUGAUCUCCGGUGAAAAGGUUAUCCAGACGAGUACUGGUCCAUUUGAGAUAAAAUGUAAAGUUAGAUACCUUUCGUUUUCAGCACACGCUGAUAGUGCGGGUAUCCUGAGGCUAAUCAAACAGGUGCAACCUAAACACUUGGUGCUUGUUCACGGUGAGUAUGAUGGUAUGAAGAAGUUUGCAAAACACGUUGCUAUGGAGACGAUAAUAAUUAAGCCAAAGCCAUCUGAAGAGACUGUCGCUCUGUUUCAUUAUCCAGAGCUGCUUGUUGAAUCUUCGGGUCUGACCCUGAGCGUCAACUCCAGCCUUGAAGACACACUAAACUUCGGCAUCAAGGAGCUGGAGGAGCCACCGGAUGAGAUAGCCGCUGUGGUUGUACAACCUAGUAAUCCUGGGUGUACAAUGUUAAAAAUGGAGAACGACGGCGGCGAAAUGAGUUCUACGUUGCACAACCUUUUCGAUGAUGUGGUUAAGAACCACCGUCUCUACGUGAUAUCUAGAAACCAUCUGGCAGCCCUGAUAAGGGGGGGAAUGUCCAGGCUGCCCAUGGCCCCGGAACUGCCGUUACACCGCAUCAAACAUCGGCAGAGUAUCAAAUGUUCUGAACGUAGGUUUAUGGAAACUACAGAAUUUAUCGCAUCACUUGUUCAAUCUGAAACCGGCUACUUCGUCGAAGAUGUGCCCAUUCACGCUGAAACCCUGGACUCCGGAGAAAAAGUACUUCGGGUGGGUACAAUGGAGGCAAGACACGGCACUAACAACAUCUUAACUCUUCAAUGGUAUAACCAUGAUAUGCAACCGAAUUCGGUAAUCUGCACUAUGGUGAGCAUGCUCCAGCGUCUGGCUGACAGAAAACGGACAAAGUCAAGCAGUUAA